AUGGAUGAAGAGCCACUUGACUUGACAGUGAAGAAGCCACAACAGAAUCAGAUGAAGAAAUGUCUCAAAUUAUCGAAAGCAGAAGAAAUUCUUUCAAAGCUAAACAUUUUGAUGAAGUAUCCGAAAGCUCUUCAGCAUUUGACUCAGGAAAAGUUGAUGAAAAUUCAGAACUACAAAAAUAUUUUGAUCUGCGACAUUUGUUUCAAGUUCUUUGAUCGACCAUCGUUGUUGAUACGACAUGUUCGAAGUCACACUGGUGAAAAACCGAAUGUUUGUGACGAAUGCAACAAAGCAUUUUCAACUUCAAGUUCAUUAAACACUCACAAAAGGAUUCACACUGGUGAAAAGCCUUUCAAGUGUGUUUAUUGUCGGAAAAGCUUUACAGCCAGCUCCAAUCUCUACUAUCAUAAAAUGAUUCACUUCCAAGUGAAACCACACAAGUGCAGUCUCUGUCCUCGAUCUUUCCCAACACCUGGUGAUUUACGAAAUCAUUUUUACAUUCAUUCCGGACUUUAUCCUUUCGUUUGCAAAUGUGGACGAGGAUUUGCUAAGAAAACAGCUUAUCAAAGUCAUAUAACAGCACAAAAGCAUUAA